AUGACCACCAACCAUCUCGGUUCCACGCGGCCAGCAGAACAGCACCGAUAUCCUCCCGCCGCUUCUACUUCGAACACCACCAAACGCAAUACGCACCACCGCAAUCAUGACAACCGCAAUGCUGCAGCAGCGGCAGACAACGUCGGUGGUCUGGUCAGCUACAUCGUCCACACGGACUCUCAUGGGAUCAGCGAUCUGAGGUUGCAGGUCAGCAAGGAAGCCUCGUCAAGCAAGCAACCUCUGCGUCCCGUGUACUUCCGUCAACGCACCUUGACCGAGCACGACGAAAUUGUCGACAAUAUCGUAGACGCCAACUCGGGCAGGACAUGCUGGACGAUCCAUCGACCAACGAGAGGAUGGUACCUCCAUCUGCGCUCGCCUGCUUUGCCACAAGGCACGGCCAUCUCGAUCCGUCCCGCAGACAAGGACGGAAACGAUCCGACCGCUUCUCCGCUCACCUUUUCGGUCAACACCAGGAUCAGGCCACAGGCACUUGGCCGUGUGCAGCCUCGCAUUGCAUCUUUGACUGGCGACACGGAUCAGCACGAGACCGAUAGCGCAUCAGGUAGCACGAGCAUAACGGUCGACGCAGCAAACCAAGGUCUAGCGAUACAGACUCCAGAUGCGCAAGGAAGUGGAGAGGUGGUGCAAGGCGUGGCAGUCGCCGCAACUGGAAGAGAGGAGCGCAAGCCACACUCAGGCGGACAUGCAAGACGCAGGAGCGGUGCCACUGGCUCAGGCAAGCAUAGUUUUGACCUGCGGCAUCCUAGCUCAGCGGUAACCCGCAGCCCCAUGAUUGCCGAAUCUGACGACGAACCGCCAUCUACCUCUCAGCCUGAUCCUCACCGACAUUCACUAUCCCGCCUGGCCAUCCCAUCGCACACCAACUCUUCGUCCACGGUCCCCUCGCCACAGUCGUCCGGUGCAGAUCGGCCUUACUCCCCCACCCUACCUUCCGCACUUUCCACCUCGGCGUCUCGCACCUCGACAUUCCUGCUCACCGAUGGGCAGGAGCCUUCCAAGCAGAGCGAAGCGCCCCAAGGCUGGGCACGCUGGGCAUACUCGAAACUUCCCUCGGAGAUCCGCCCUUCUUUGUCGCUGGAUGCGGAUAAGAGUUUCAGUCUGCACUGGCUCGAUCCACCGCGCACUGGUGGUCAGGGCACAGCGGGGCAAAGUGUGGAAGUGGUGCGAUUCGAAGACCAGAGUGGCCGGUGGAUGUGGAACUCUCACACGCGCGGAAGGCUGACGCUGCAGGCGAGUGCCAUGCAAGCGGUCGGUCUGCAGAAGGAGUUUUGGAUCACCACGGCGCUAGCAUACAUUCAGUUUCUGGAGGACAAGGACGCAUACGACGCCGCCAGAGAUGCAUAG